AUGGUCCUCUCAGCCAGACAUGGUCUAGGAAUUGCAUGUUUCACGGUGUGGAAUGAAUAUUUUUGUCGUGGAUUACGGAGGUUUACGAGGGGAUAUGUAACUUCAGUUGAGGGAAAUUUAUUGUUACAGUCAGAACCUGGUUCUGUUUCUCGGAGCAUAAAGUUUUCGAAGCAGUAUUGCAGUGAAGCAAAUCCAAAAAAAGGUGGAGACAGAGGCGAGGAAGAGCUUAAAGUCAAAGAAGGAGAUAUUAUUAACUUAACGGACCUUCUGUUUACCGAGAACAGGGAUUAUCUCGUCAAACACAGUGAUGAUCAAAAGGUAAAAGCUGAGCACUUGGUAGGAAAGGCUAUACUUUUAUACUUUGUACCAAUAUGUUCUGAGCUUACUGAAUUUGAGAGGGAGUAUACAACAUCUUUGGUCGACAUAUACUAUGAUUCACUGCCAAACAAUGAUUUUGAAGUCAUCCUUGUCGCAGUUAAUAAUCUUUGUGCUAGCUAUAGUAGGUCUCAUCUCCAAAGCGACCCUCAAAAGAAUUUUGAAGAAAUGUUUUCUCAAAUGCCAUGGACUGCCAUACCGUUCUCAGAUAUAGCAUCACAGAAACGCAUAGCAAGAAGAUUUAGCAUCUCAGAAUUUGAUUUUUAUUGCACUGUUUCAUUUCUUCUUGAUUCAAAAGGUAUUGUUUUGACAUGCAAUGCUUGUCCAUAUUUUACAAGAUAUGGUACUCAAGGUUAUCCGUUCACCAAAGAAAGAAUAAGAGACCUGGAGUCUGGAGAUGAUAGAGCAGCUAAGCAACCCUCUUUGGAAACACUCCUUGGCUCUCCUGUACGUGAUUAUGUCAUCUCAAACAAGGAGGAAAGGGUAAUGUCUUAAAAGUUUAAGAGCACAUUAUGUGAUUAUGAUAACUUUACUCGUGAAAUGAUUAUUUAUUCUACCCAUAAAUAAUGUAAUUUCAUUUGCGCAUUCUGGUGAAGUCAGAUU